AUGGGUCAAAGUACCACUGUCUUUAUCAAUGCAUGGGCCAUACACCUAGAUGAAAAGGAAUGGGAAGACCCCCAUGCCUUUAACCCUGAGAGGUUCUUAGAUGAUGAAGGCAAGCUGAUCCAAGUAGCUGGCAUGAAGAGCCUCUUACCCUUUGGUGCAGGUCGUCGUGUUUGUGUUGGUGAGGCUCUAGCAAAACAAGAACUUUUUAUCGCUAUUGCUCGAUUGCUGCAUCAGUUUAAAAUUGAGCCUGAAGUACCCGGAUCUGCACCAUCAAGGCAUGGUGCACUUACAAAUUCCCGUGUAAUCUACCCCGAACCUUUUAAAGUACGUUUCAAGUCUCGCCAAUAG